GGAACAAGGAAAACACACGGUGAAUCAGAACUGAAGAACACAGAAUUUCAAAAAAUUCAGGAGCAAUAUUGGCAUAAGCUACUCGAAGAAAGGAGAAAGUCAGCGAAUAACAGAAGAAGGUUUCAAGGUAGCGUUUCAUUUCGUCUGUCGAAUUAUUCGCUUCUGUACAUGCCAAACAUUUACACGUGUAUCUUUUCAUAUGCCCGGAUUUUUAUUAAACCCAACAAAAGUGGCAACAAUACGUCCUUAACUAUAGAUAACUAUAACGUUUUGUUCCUUCUUUUUUUAACAGAAAUGGGUGAAAAAGAUUUCCGAUCCUUAAUAGAAGAAUUUCCAGAUUUUAAUGAGAGUGAUAUAGUGGAUUUAAGAUUACAAUUCCAGACGUUUGACCUUAAUCAAGAUGGAAUAAUCGAUUUUCAAGAAUUGUAAGUAUAGAGAAGAAUAUAUUUGCUGUUGCGUCCUCAGUAACGAUUCAGUGCAGAUUUGGGUAAACCUGUUCUGCUCUGGCCUUUUCACUAAGGGGCUCGCAAAGACAACGCCCUAACAAUCUGCAUAUAGCUACUCAAGGUGUCCAAGGUGAACGGGGAAUACGGAACGGUAACACGGCCGAUGGGGCUUCUAGAUUGGUAAAACUUCAUAAGUCCCUGCAGGCUUAAUCUAGGAAUGUUUUUUAUGUUGUUGUUUAUAUAUCGAAAAGAAAUUCAUAUCUCUUUCCGCACAAUCUAUAUUUACGUUUGCGAUUGGUUAAAAUGUCAGACAAGUUAGUGUACUUCGAUUCAUAAAAAUGUAACGAAAUUUUGUUAGUAAAUCAUGGUAACCUCAACCUUAUUGACACGUUUUACUUUUGUGUUUUAGAAUGCAAGUUCUUGACGACCUUGGUGACAGAUCAGAGCCCGCCACAAGGGAGCAGUAUUUUAAUGAAAUUGAUAAAGACGGAUCCGGAGCGAUCGAUUUUGAAGAAUUUUUAGCGGUAAGAACUAGGUGUCCGAGUAACACAUAAAUCGAGUUUCGGCAAGCAAAGAAAUACAUUACAUUCUAUAGUUCUUGGACGUCUUUCCUUUUUGCCAAAGAGAGCUACCUGUUGAUUAUAAUAUGUAUUCUAUACAGUUGCAGCUUUUGAUACGUGUCCUUUCUUCGUGAGUAACCGCUAUAUUUAUUGACACGAAAAUAAGAUUAUCAUCAUCAUCAUCAUCAUCAUUUUUUUAAUUUCAUUUGAACAUCAACUCUGAACAAGUCGUUGGUUACUUCAAGACUUAAGCGAUUUAAGAUUACCCUAAAAUGUUUGAAUUGUCUACUAGUUACUACAACCGUUCAACAAACGUUCAGCCUUAAGAAAAAGAUCACAGAGAUUUUAUUUUUCAUUAAGCAACUCUGAUUAUUACUUUGGGACUCUUCUCCAUGAAAUGCUGUUAAUUUAUUGUAUAUCGUGUUUCAGUAAGCCAAGUAAAUAAAUGAUGAUGAUGAAGAUGAUAAUAAUGAUAACAAAAAUUAUUUUGAAGAUUAUGAUGAUGAUGAUGAUGAUGAUGAUGAUGAUGACAGAGCCUUUUUUGUCCUUUCAGCUUAUCUACCAACUUCGAAAGACGUCCUUUGAUAAAGAUGAAUUAGGACAGAUAGGCAGUCUGUGCAAACGAGGCACGGAAAACAUUCAGCGAGUCAGAAAGCUUAGUGUGGCCAAACAAAUGCUCACGGGACUGUUUUAA